GAUUUCCAAUAAAAUUCAUGUCAUCUUCAACCUCUCCCCUCCUCCAAACGAAGCUCAUGCACAGCCUGAAACCUAGAGCAAGCAUCGAGGAAUCGGCCCCCUCCAAAGCGGCCACCUGGGCAUGGUAUCAACGGGGAUCAGGCUCCGACGGAAGGCCGAUGAAGUACAAUCUCGAAAGGACUCUUCGCUCUCCUCGGCCAUCCAGGUACAGGUUGGAAGCCAUUAGAGAAGCACAAGCAGCAAUCCACAACGAGUCAAGACCGCCCAGUGCUUUGUUACCUCCAACCCAAGCUGAAGAUAGCUCCGAUCUUCUUGACGAAUACGAGAUCGAGAGGAUCUCCCGGCAGCUCGAUCACUAUAUAGAGGCCAGUAGUACCGAAUACUAUGGUGGCUGGCGUGAGGAUUGCCGGAGGGUUUCGUCGCCGCCGGGAAGCGAGGGAAGCAAGAAGAAGUACGGGAAGAGAAAUAAAGGACUGUCGUGGCUGAGCCAUAGGGUGACUUGUGGGUCAAGGAAUGAUGUGGUGGAGUUGGGUGGAGGAGGCGGGAGGCUGCCGGAGAAGGGUGUGGCGGUGGUGGGUGAGGGCAGCUGCAGGGCACGGGCGGCCCAUGCCAAAUCGAUCAAUUGACCAUACUGUAUAGGUUAUGGUCGUUGGGUGCGUACUAAAUUUGGUCAUGGCACGGAACUUGAAUCUGUAGUCUGUGGGCUGUUAGCAGUCCAUUGUUCUCCUUGUAAAUUUGAACCACCCUUGUGUGCUAUACCGUUACCAUAAGCCUAUUUCUAUUUAUGGUAUUGAUUUUUAAUCUAGCUUCGGAUUUGAAUAGAAACAAUGGGUUAUUCAAGC